CCUAUAGAACCCACGCUGUCAAGAAAAGAGCAGCGAGUAACACUCUGCUACGACGAAAGAAAGAAAAAAGGAAAAACCGAUUGUGCUAUUCAGCUUGGCAAGUGAAUUAACCACGCUCUCGGAACACCCCGCAAGCUGCGCGUUCCGUCGUAAACUUCCAAAACAGCCGGGAAAAGGCUGCGCGUCUCCCGAGAUUGUUUAGGGUACGCAUCGACGCCCAGCGCUAGUGAAAGUGCGUAUUUUCUGCUUUGAGGAUCGGUGAGGACAGCAUCGGCUCUACAACAGCACACAUGGAGGCUAUGCUCGAGACAGGGCACAAGAACACAACGAUGGGAGGAGUCCUCGGAGGUCUCAUGCUUUCAAGUUCAACCAUGCAUUUAACAACGACACCUGUGCCCUGGGAGGUGAAAGAUCUUCAGGUUGAAGAUGAAAGAAACAAGACAGAGCGAGUCAAGAUGGACUUCCGACCUGCCCGUCCUCUAGCAGUGAUGCUGGCAUGCCUCUUCUUCUUGUUCCUCGCCGUGGGCAUCCCGACGUUAAUCCAGAAGAAACGCCGCGAAGCACGGGAGAGAAGGCAGCUGCAGGGACCCCACGAAAAUUACGGGACGACCAGGUCGACAGGAGAUGCCCUGCAAAGGAUAGAAGAGAACCGCCUUAGUAGCAGCAGCACAUCUGACAGCAAAGACUAAGAAUUGUGUGACGUUACAGAGACACAUACAGCCAACGUGUGCCAAAAUGAACAGUGCUUCGAGUAUUGCGAAAGCGUAUUGUUUGGAACUGACCAGAGCUUUCACGUGUCUCAGUGGCGGGCGGGUUCCAGACCUUCUUUGUUUUUUUGUUUUGUUUUUUUCGUAUCCGCUAAGUACUUAUUUACCGUAUGUGUGCAACGGUAAACGGACAUUGUUGUGAUAUGACGAAAAUAUCUUCGCUUUCAAGCCUUGUUUUCACGUAAUUCCUUUAUCCCGUGGCCCUGCACUAUGGUUGCAGCUCAGCAGAAGCAGACAUUGGAGCUCCUAAUCGUAGACAAGAACCCAACUUCGCCACCUUGAUACAAAAGACUUGUUCAGUGCUACAUUCCAAAACGAGCGAGUUUUACUGCCACAGCUAGAAAGCGACGCGGGGACGAGGACUAGCUACCUCUGGCUGUAACUUAGCGCAGCGCAGUGGUUCCCAAACUGUCGGUCGCGACCGCCGAAGGGGUGGGGGAGCUCGCGACACAUUCCGAGGGGGGUCGGAACUAAAAAAAAAAAAAAAAAGUCACACCGUGCCCGCUAUUCUGCCUUAUCAGGAAGCCCGU